AUGCUUAACAAUAUAAUUUUAGCAACAAAAACUUCCGAUGUUCAUUCGAAUCAGUCAGAAGUCGAACAACAAACUGAACUUAUGUACAAAGAUAAUACGAUAUGGACUGCUGUGUUCAAUGCAGACAAGGCUGCAAUUGAUCGUUUGAUAGAUGCUGAUGCAGAUGUUAUUAAUAUGAUAGGUGCCGUUGGCGAGUGCCCCAUUCAUAUGCUAUUUCUAUAUGGAACAUAUACGCAUUUGAAGAUUGCUCGAGAUCUUAUUAUACGAUUCCCAAUGAUCGUAACGCAAAUUUACAAUAAACCAACGGAGAGCAAUGAUAAUACCAUUCUACAUAUGCUUGUUAUCUGCAAUUUACCUGAAAUGUAUGCCAAAUUCAAAGCACGUUGGAUAGAACAACAAACUGUUACCGACCAAAAGUUACCUAGAAACUCAAAAUCAAUUGAAAUCACGAAAUUGUGGAAUCGUUUCAAUAAAGAUGGUUUAACACCAUUAACUCUAGCAGCCGAUUUAGGUCGGGCUAAAAUGUUGUCAUGGUUACUCUAUGAACGUAAAAAAAUACAAUGGUCUUAUGGUAAUGUUUCAUGUGUAUUACAUCCACUAGAUCAACUCGAUCUUGAUUUUCAAAAAGAGGGCAAACAACGACCUCUUAGUGUACUUGAAAUAAUGAUUAAAAAUAAUGAUCCAGAAUUAAUACAUUCUAUUAUUACAUCUUUAAUUGACAAAAAAUGGAAACAAUUUGCUUAUCGAACAGCAGAUGAAAACGACAAAACAGUAACAACUGAUAGUAAAAAUUUGGAUUUUAGUCGUCAAAUAAUCUCUGCAGUCGGUCAUUUCAUUGUAAUAGAAGGUGCUCUAUGGAAAAGUGCAUAUGAAAUAAAUGAAAUGUCUACUUUAGGUUUAUGGAAUUACUGGAAUAGUACAGGAUCUAUUUUUCUUGAAAAUUGUUUGGCAUGUUCAUUCUGUUUUUGUAUUUUUACUGUACAAACUCUUCGUCUGUUUGAUAUGCAACAUGAAACUGUCAUUCUUGCUGUUACUUCUCUUCUUGGAUGGAGUUAUAUGUUCUUUUUCACCAUGCCAUUUCGAUUUACUGGUCCAUUUGUGAUUAUGAUUUAUAAAAUGUUAUUCAAUGAUGUUCUUCGUUUUUAUUAUUACACCAAAGGACCAUAUCCAUUGGCAGGUGCUUUAUUACUUAUUCUUUAUGUUGUGGUUAUUAGUAUUCUUUUGUUAAAUUUACUCAUUGCUAUGAUGGGUGAUACAUAUACAGAUGUGAAAAAAAGGGCAAAAAAAUUAUGGCAUUUAGAACGAGCACGUAUUGCACUUAAUAUUGAAAGUCGAAUGUCAACUUCUAAACGCCAAUUAAAUAUCAAUAAAUAUUGGGUAGAUGUACAGGGUGAACGUUAUUUACAAGUUGAACAAGUGAACGAUGCUCUUGGUUAUCCUAUAGGCGAUGAAGCAAACGAUGAUGAAUAG